CGUUUGGUAAACUCUCAUCCGCGGCUUCUCCGCUUCGCUUCGUGCCCUUUCGUCCUCCAUCACCAAUACCGGCCAUGGAGUCCCCAACGAGCUGGUGGCGGAGGUCGCCGCAGGAAGCGCUCAGACUCGCCGACCGCCAGGGGCGAAGAGCCAUCCGAGGCGAAGAAAGGAACGAAGUGGCACACCAAUGAGUGGCGCUCAGGAAGAUGAGCUGCUGGACUAGACCGUCGCUCGCCUUGGCCUUGAGGUGACCGUGGCUUCGUCGCAGUUCGACGGACCGAGCGCGGUUCUGGUUGGACCGGAGACUGAGUCGGGGGUUGGCCAGGUGACUUGCACGGAUCUCAAGAGAAUGCUACAAGCGUGUAGGGUUCUCCUUUGCUUGUGUGUGAAAGCCGUUUUCAGCAUCAAGACUGAGCACACCAUGAAGUGUUUGGCUUUUCUGCUGCCAUUGGCCUACGGCUGGUGGUGCGAGACCAGCAAGCGUCAUGGUUGCCGUGGGCAGUCGCGGCAGUUGGUCCGAGAGACCACGGCGGUGAAUCCCUUUUUGCCCUUCACAGAGAUCAAGAGUAACGUUGGCAACAAUGCGGAGCCCAUCGUGGUGGAUUGGGACAAGGAUGGUGAUUGGGACGUGAUCCUGAAGACCAUGGAUGAGCUGUUGUUCUUUGAGUUCAAAGCCGAAAACCAUUUCGUGCAAAUGGAGCCGAGUCCCUUCAAAGGCAUUCCAGGCGGAAGUUGUCGACCAGCGGUUGCAGACUGGGAUGGUGAUGGACGUUUGGACUUGAUUGUGGGAGCCGAGGAUGGUAUCAGGUACUAUCAGAAAGAUGGGGACGGGCAACUCCAGAGGCGAAGCGGAGGAGAGAACCCCUUUGAGCACAUCUACACGAAGCACGGUGCCUGCUCGGAUCUCUCCAUUGAAGAUUGGGAUGGUGAUGGUGACUUAGAUUUGUUGGUCUCCGGUUAUGAGAGGCCAGUGAGUUAUUUUGAACGAUCCGGAACCCAGCUUGUGCUUCUAGAAGGAGAAAGGAAUCCAUUUCAUGCCAUUGCAAAUCAAACCAUCACUCACAGGGCAAUCAUGACCGAUUGGAAUGGAGAUGGAUACAUGGAUGUGAUCUUGAUGGUCAAGCUGUUUCACAAGUGGACGCAAGUGCAAGGUGAUCCAAUGAACAACAAGGUCGGGUGCCCCAUAUUUUUGUAUGAGCAGAAGAAGAUGGAUGGCAAGAUGACCUUGUCGUGGAAGGAUGAAGAGUUCUUCCGGAACCCGAACUGCAGGUCAUUUGAUGGUUCUGGUGCAUCCUUUGUGGACAUUGACCAGGAUGGUGAUCAAGACGCUGUCUUUGGGUCGUUCCAAGGACCCUUGCAUGUCUACGAACGCACUUCCAAAGGCCUUGUGAAACCUGAAGAUGCGAAGUCUUCGGCCGGUUCUCCAUUGGACAUGAUCCAAGUGGACACGUCGGUCUUUGGGGGGGUGACAGGCUACUACUACCCCGUGUUGGCUGAUUGGGAUUUGGAUGGAGACCUUGACCUGGCUUUUCUUCAUUAUGCGUACUCUGGAGAAGAUCGAUACUUUGAGCAUUUGCCAGACAACACGGUAAAGGAGUUGACUGGACCGCCCAACACCUCUUGUCCCAUUGAUUGGAGCAGACACUUCAGCUUUGUGGAUUUUGAUGGAGAUGGAAAGAAGGACCUCCUGGGAUUCCAACGUGGUGUCGGUGUGGUCGUUUGCGUUCAGACAUCUUCCGGCUUUGAGAUGGUGCAGCAGGAGGAUAACCCGUUCUACUCCCGAAAACACCGUUGCUAUGAUGAGGUGAAAUGUACAUGGGAUGGAGACAAUUACUACGGUUACUUCUCCUUUCUAGGUUACCCGUCCUUCUUGGAUUGGGAUGCCGACAGUGACAUGGACAUGCUCAGGAUCACAACGACCAAGAAGGUAUACUUAUAUGAACAGCAUGCCAAUGGCACGUUCACUGCCCACGCUCUCCCUCUUCCCACAGCCCGUGCCUUUUCAGCUGAAGAUUUUGAUGGAGAUGGUGACAUUGACAUGAUGAUUCUCCCACCCAACUCGGAAAACUGUUUGUACUUCGAGCGCCGGGAGGAUGGAAGUCUUGAACAACUGUUUGGUACCGACAACCCCUUCGAUGCAGUUUGCCAGCGAAUGAGCGGAGGCACUGUGGGCUCGACCACAGGAGAUGCAGAACGGUACGCUGCUCUGGCAGACUGGGAUGGAGAUGGUGAGACAGAUCUACUACUUGUCGGUCGCUACAAGGUGAAUCUUUGGUCCAAUCGCCCGAAGGAGGACUUUGUCGAAGUGGUGGGACAAGAAAAUCCGUUUGCUCAGCUCGGAUUGUUCCAAGAGACGGAUGUGACACUGGUGGAUGUGAACGGUGAUGGCAAGAUGGAUGUGGUUUUCCCCCCACAGUCGAUCAAUGUCUUGAAAGACCAUCAGCCAUACAAGUAUUUCAGGCAUGAAGAGAGUGGAUUGUUGGAACAGCUGGGUCCAGCGAAUCCCUUCGAGAAGGUUGGCUACGACAGGGCGCUGACGCACUCCAAUGCCAAGAAUUUGCUUGUGGAUGUUGAUGGCGAUGGCGAUUUGGACAUCGUUCAUGGGGAGUUACACUAUACCAGGAAUGACGGGGGGCACUUCACCUACCUAGAUCCUGCUGAUCCAGAUCAUCCUUUUCGUGGGAUCCACGACACUUACCUCUCAUGCUGGACGUUUGUGGAUUGGGAUCAGGAUGGUUACAAGGACUUGGUGCAUUCCUAUCUGGGCAGAACAUUGUUUGAGCAACUGUUCCUUGUCCAACAAGUCCUGAAGGUUGCCCAGGACAUGAAGCGAGAUGGGGUCAGUGCCGCUGAGAUCAAGGCUUGGAUGGUGAAGCAAUUGGCUCCCCAGAUACGUUUCUAUCAAAAUACAGCCAAUGCGAGUUUCCAGGAACUCACUGGUUCUGCCAACCCCUUCCAUGAGAUCGAUUUCUUGGACAUCAAUUCCAUGUGUCCCUCUUUGGUUGACCUUGACCAAGAUGGAACUUUGGAAUUGGUGAUGGGAACAACUGGUUUGACCGCUAGUAAGCUGCUGUACUAUGUGCAGCAAAAUGGCACAUGGAGGCACAUGACGGAGACACCUUUCGAUGAUUUGUCCAUCCAUGUCAAUGAGAAUCGCCCUGUUCAUCCUCGAUUCGUGGAUUGGGACAAUGAUGGUUCGAUGGACUUGAUUUUGACGGGAACCGAUCGGGUGCAAUUCUUCCAGCGGGGUGUGUGCAAGCCUUUGUCCUCCUAUUGCCGUUCGGGUUUCUGUGAUCAGCAAAGCUCCAAAUGCAGAUGCUCCACAGGGGAAGAAGGAGAAGACUGCAGCCUUUGUGGGAUGUUCCAUUUCGAUGUGAGUGGUUCUUGCAGAGCAUGUCCUGGUCACAAUUCGUUGGCAGGUACUUGCAGCCGUCGAGGACAGUGCGAGGACGAUGAAGAUGCACGGAUGAAGAACGCUGACUUGAACAUGACGGGUUUCAAAGUGGCUUCUGCCAGGGGCACUGGCCGCUGCACGUGCGCAGAGCCAUUUUUUGGACCUGGUUGCGAACAGGGACUGUGCCCGCCAGGACAGCGCUUGGACAGGCACGCACUUGGCGUGGAAAGGUCCGAGAAGUACCAACAGUGGCAACUGUGUGCACCCUGCCAAGCUGGAAGAUUCAAGAAUUCCUCCGGCAAUGAGGAGUGUUCUCUUUGCCCAGCUGGGCAAGUUCCAGUGAAUGGCACCCAUUGUCUUCCCUGUUCUUCAGGCACCGUCCCAUCACCCGACGUCCCGGAAACCUGUGUCCCUUGCGCCGCCGGCGACGUGGCGCUCACCGGCGCGGCCACCUGCACGCCCUGCCCGGCGGGAACGGCGCCCGACGGCGAGCGCAGCGCCUGCGUGGCCUGUGAGGCCGGAGCCUUUGCCAGGCCCCGCUCCAAGGAAUGCAGCUUGUGCCCCGCAGGCACUGUUCCAAACAAGCUGAAGAGCGAUUGCAACGAGUGCAUGGGUCAGACUUAUGCACUUGAGGGAGAUGAAGUUUGCCAGACCUGUGCCUUUCCAUCGAUGAUCUUGGGCGAAGAGAAUUGGUGUACGCCACUCUACACCAUGCUCUUUGUCAUUGCGUUCAUUCUCUUGUCUCUCUUCAUCUUAGCCAUCUUUGGAAGGUUGCGCCUUGAAUGCCUCAAACGGCGACUCAACAAACUGGCUGCGGCCAAAAAGUGGCAGGAGCUGCAUAGCACGCAGGCUAAGCCGCUGGAAUAUGGCUUGUGGCAGAGUAAAGCUUGCAAGGUGCUUGCAGCUCGCAAGGCCGAUGUGAAGUCACGUUCUUUGCAGCUUGGCAUCUCUUUGCAGUACGUCUUUGAGAAGCUGGAGACGGUCUAUGAGGAGAAAGCACAGCAGGUGGAAUGGCGAAUGGACGAGUGGGGUCCCGUGACCAAGAGUGGCUUCUUGGUCAAGGUCCGCAACUGCAAGCUUCCGGUGGAUCCCCAUCAUGCCUGGCACAAUCUUCCGAUUUGUGAUCACUCAGAAGAUCCCAAUUUCCAUCAAGUGGCAGGAGUCUUAGCAUAUGGCCCAUGGGCUUUGGGUAAAGGCCUAUGCUGCCCACGUGAUGGUCGCCCAGAUUGCAGCAUUGUGGAUGCAUUGGAAAUUGAAUCCAAUAGUGCCAGGGCAACAUGGUUCCUUUCUUGGGUCUGGGGCUACAGAUUCACCACCGUGGUCAAGGCUUUGGCGCGAUGGUGGCAAAGGCACCGCAUCGUGUCAGGUGCGGCAGAGGCCAAUGGAAAGGGAACCUACGUGUGGUGGUGCGUUUUUGUGAACAACCAGUUCAGGAUGUUGGAAGAGGGUCAGGAAGAAGCACCAGACAAACUUUUCCACGUCUUUGGCCAGCAGCUGGAGGGUAUUGGCAAGAUGCUCAUGUGCUUGGAUCAGAUGAGGGGAAGCCAAUAUACUUCGAGAAUUUGGUGCAUUUUUGAGGUGUUUGUUGCUUGUCAGAGGAGCAUUCCAACCACCUGGAGGUGGGCGCCAUUGAGUCUUUGAAGGAGUUGACCCAGGAAUGUCGAGUGGAUGCCCAGCAGGCCAAAGCUUCAGUUCAAGCAGAUGCUGAUGCAAUCAAAGAGCACAUCCAAAAGGAGCAUCAAUCCUUUGAGUAUGUGAACCAGACGGUGGAGCAGGCCCUUUGGUGUGAAGUCAUCAAAUUCCUGGAGCAAUCCGAGGGAAUCUCCGAAAGCGAAGAAAUGCCUUCGACCCAAACUCCGCAAGAGUCCUCCGAGGUUUCGGAAAGGACCAGUUCCGACAAAGACUUCGAGAGAGACAGGGAGUCUCGGUGCACUCUUCAAUGAUCUCCAGACAUGGCUGGAGAAUGUCUUCGGCUCGCCUGAAGCACAAGACUUCAAGUUUGGGUGAGUUGUGAAGCACGUUUGGCCCCUCGUUGACAGAAUUUGGUUCGAGUCAAAUUGCUGAUAAGAGGAUUUCUAGAAGACAUGCCAAGAAUUCUGUCUCAAUGAAUGCAGCGAGCACCAGGCCUCUAAGUGUUUCGAGAUGCUUUUAGUCUGCAGUUUUGUUGCCUAGUGUCGGGCGCGCAAAUUUCCUGGUAUCAUUUGUGCUUCGUCAAGCUCUG